AAACAGAGAGAAAGAAAUGUAGGGAUAAAGAGAGAGAGAGAGAGGAGAGAGAGAGAUAGCACCUCUUUCUCACUCAGCAAUCUUAUGUUGUAUUUUUCUACUGGUUGAGUGUCUCUAUAAUCAGAACCAGAAUAAUGGACCGUCAAUUAUCCAAGUAGAGAAAAUAUAUUAAUCUUUGAAAAACCCAAAUAUAUUUCUUUUAAUAUUUGACAUUGAAUCUAUAUAACAAUAAUAAUUCUAAAACUCUUUAUUUUCAUUCAACAGGUUAUGACCCAGACCGCCCACAUCAUGGACACAGCAAGCUCCCCAUACGGAGUAAAUCAGUGUUCUAAGUGUCCGGGGGACACAGCGUACUAUUGUGUAUCGUGUCCAUGUGAUCUGUGUCCCCAGUGUAAAGAGAACCAUGUAAAAGAUCUCCAAACAAUAGACCAUGAUGUUGUGUCACGCCGUGAUAAAAUCAACUACAUCCCAACACAAGAGAUCUGUGUGAGACAUCCUAGCCAUGUUUAUACAAAGUACUGUGAACCUUGUCAAGUUCCUGUCUGUUUCCACUGUAGAAAACAUAGAACUCACAGACAACUUGAUGUUGGAACAGCCUAUAAAACAAAGCGACAACAACACAGAGGAACCACUCACACCAUCAGAAGUGAGGCUCUCUUUUACAGACCUGUUCUCCUGACAGGAAUCAAAGCUGAUGUCAAAACCUGUCACACAGAAUUCUCCCCCCUUCAAUCAGAGAUGUUAACAAAGGCCCAGACACUGAAGGAUCUCAUUGACUAUGUGGUAUAUGAUCUAUUGAACAAUGUGUUAUGUUACUUUGAUUUCAAACACAGAUGUAAAAAACAAAAGAUAAAAAUGAUCAGACAUAUUGUCAGACUAAGGAGAUAUGAACACAGAUAUGUACAGCCAGCAUUCACAUUCAGUGCGCUACAAUUCCUCUCAUUCACAAAGACAGCCCUCCCCCAGAUACAUCUUACACUCCACACCAGCCAGCUCUCCAUGACUGAGUCACUCAACAAGGAGGAUGUGAUGGGGUCACUGAGUGCAAUCCAAAUCACAGAGAGAGGAAACCGACGCGUAGGAAACCAGUGUCUGCUGAAACUGACGUCUGGUGCUGAGCUCCAUCAAUCUCUCACAGUGACAGGUGUUGUUUGGUGUGAUCACAUUUCCUGUGUGACAUCAGACCGGGUCUGGGUCAGUGAUCAUAGAAACAAUCUCAUCUUGACAGACACAACAGGUGUCCCUCUACAUCGUGAGGAGGAUUCAUGUCGUGGUGGGGGAUUACACACAGUGAACAGUGAGAGUGAACUGAUUUAUAUAAAUAGGAUUUAUAACAUCAACAAACUGUCAAAGGAUAUGAAAACAACCACCACAUUUAUAGAGAGAACAGACUCUACAUGGGAACCACGGUGUGUGUACUGGUCCCCGUCCACUGGGAAUCUACUGGUCGGGAUGUCUACCUAUGAUACAGAGACAGGCAAGGUAACAGGCAAGGUAACCCGGUACAACCAGAGUGGACAACUCACACAAACCAUACAGUACCACAACACAGGACGGGGACUGUAUAGUUACCCUCGCUAUAUAACAGAGAACAACAAUGGGGAUGUCGUGGUGUCUAACUCGUUCAGUGCUGUAGUGGUGACAGAGCGUGGAGGAAGACAUCGUUUCUCCUACACAGGACAUAUAUCAGGAUCAAGACUAGAGCCAUGGGGAAUCUGUACUGACGCGCUGUCACACAUCCUGGUGUGUGAUCUUAAAACCCUCACAGUACAGAUGUUGAAUAAGGACGGUCAGUUCCUGUCACAUCUACUGACAAAAUCACAAGAGAUGGGUAGACCAUGGAGCCUGAGGUAUGAUGUCAACACUCACCGUCUCUGGGUCGGAUCAGUGGACAACAACAACAAGGUGUGUGUCUACAGGUAUAUCACCAGACAGGACGCUCUGACAGAUGAACACAGACCCCGUCCUGAUGGAGACACCCGAUACACGACACCUCGUCACAACACAACUCAUCAACUAAACGAAAAUGAUCACAGACCCCGUACUGAUGAGGACGCUAUGUCCAGCUCAACACCAGCCGUAUAAUGGAGAUAGCUGGGAUAUUGACAGACAAGCUGCUUUUUAAACGCCUUCAGGGGGAGAUAGAAGAAAACCUGCCCGGAUUACCCAUAAUUCCAAUGGAGUUACAGAAGCCAAAUAAUUACCGGUCAUCAACGGACUUUGUGCUCUGUGCGUGAACUCUACAUAAACAACGUUUCAUGAAUGGACUCUGUAUCUGUGUAGGUGAACAAAAUUACGCGUCAUCAAUGGACACUGUUGCUGUGUAAGUGAACUCUGCACAAAAAUAACACGUCAUCAAUGGUCUCUGCGUUCUGUGUACGUGAAAUCUGCACAAAAAUAAUGCGUCAACAAUAGACUCUGUAUCUGUAUAGGUGAAAUCUGCAUAUAUUACGCAUCAUCAAUAGACUUUAUUUAAUUUUUUGUUUUUAAUUUUUUUUUAAAUUUAUUUAUUCAUUAUAUCAGUUUUACAUCAAAUAAAACAAACAAAGAUAACAU